AUGGUAGAUUUGAAAUUAAAAGAGGGAUUUUCACCUAUUUUCUUAGCAUGUCGUAGAGUUUCUUUUGAGUGGAAAAAGGAGAUCAACGAAGAAUUAGAUAAAUGGGUUAAUGAUGGUAUUAUUUUUCCUGUGGAAUAUAGUGAAUGGGCUACACCAUUAGUACCUGUUAAAAAAUCUAAUGGAAAACUUAGAUUAUGUGCAGAUUUUCGAGUAACACUUAACAAAUGGGUUGUAGAAGUGAAAUAUCCAUUACCUCGAAUUGAAGAAAUUAUGGAAAAUUUAAAGGGAGCCAAAUAUUUUUCAAAAGUUGACUUUUCAUCAGCAUAUUUACAAUUUUUGAAAGAAGAAAUUCGUAAAUUGUUAACAAUAACAACGCCUAAAGGAUUAUUUGCAUUUUGUAGAUUACCUUUUGGAUUAAGUGUAUCUGCAUCGAUUUUUCAAAGAACAAUGGCAUCAGUUUUCCAGGGCUUGGAAGGCGUAUUUUAUUAUAUGGAUGAUGUGUUGAUAACUGGAGUGACGCCAGAACAACAUAAUCAACGUCUUGAAGAGGUUUUCAAGAGAAAACAAGAUAAAGGUUUAAAAGCCAGUAAAGAGAAAAGUGUUAAUUUUGAAUGGAAAAUUGAACAAAGAAAUGCUUUUGAAAAUUUAAAGAGAAAAAUUGGUGAGGAACCAAUUUUAGUAUGUUUUAACAAUGAUUUGGAGAUAAUUCUUGCGGUUGAUGCAUCCAAUAAAAGUGUAGGAGGUGCAUUAUUACAUGUCAUUGAUGGUUUAGAGAGACCAAUUAUUUUUUUUUCGAGAAUAUUUCAUGAAGUUGAAACGAGGUACUCUGUUAUAGAACAGGAGGCCUUAGCGAUUAUUUUUGAAUUGACCAAAUGUCGCGAGUAUUUAAUAGGGAAAAGAUUUGUGAUUUAUACAGAUCACAAGCCAUUAAUUCAUUUGUUCAAGAAAGAUAACAAAGAAUUAAUGAUGUCUCCGAGAUGCUUUCGUUGUCAAAGUUUUGGACAUCAAAUAAAGGACUGUAAUAUUCCGACUCAUGUGUUACAAAAUCGGGAACGUGAAGAUCAUCUUAGUGAAACAGAUGAAGUUACGGGAACGAGUUAUUUUUGUGGAAAAAAUAAUAGGGUACAGUCGGAGGUAGCGUACCAAAAUUAUAAUAAAAUAAAUGAGAUAGAAUCAAGAUUUAAACCGUAUGGAAAUAGGCAGUGGCCGCCUAUUAGCUAUGAUGGAACGAUAAAAAGAACCAAUAUAAUUCAAGAUAGGACAGGAGGAAUUACAUCGAUGGGAAACCUAUAUUAUGGGAAGAUACAAGAUAAAAAUGAUAAUUCGAUCAAGAUGAGAUCAAAUAUAGUCAAAGUAACAAAUAAUGCGGAUGUUCAAAGGAGAAUUGAUGUUAUGGAUACCAAAGAAGAAGAGAUACUGAAAGAUAGAGAAGAAGAUAUAUAA